CAGGGUUGCCACUCAAGUACCUACAGAACAAACGGGUGUAGCUGGAAACUGUGGCAAACUGAAAGCAUGUAGGCACGGAGCCCUGGGAAAUUCAGUAGCGAGCAGACCAGACAGCUUCGUUGCAUCAUGGGGGCUCUGGUACUGUGCUUCUCCAACUUCAGGAUGUGUAGGAAUCACCUGAGCAGUCUUGUUGAGAGGCGGACACUGACUCGGGAGGUCUGCGGUAGGGCCUGAACGUUUGCCUUUGCGGUUCUAACAAGCUCUCAGGUGAUGGCGAUGCUACUGUUCCCUGGCCCCGAGGUGGAGGAAGAUUUAAGUAAAAGCUUCCUGGAGGAGGCGCAAGUGAACCGCAGGAGCUUUCCCGGACGCCCGAGAAAGGGAGAAACCCCGAAGGAAUUCCUCCUCUCUCGGGGCUGGGUCUCCGCAUCCACGCCGGGUUUGGUUUCCCAGGCUAUCCCACGUGUUCUGGCGUCCGUGUCAAUCAGGUUUUCCCCGGCUGGGUCCGGGUUUAAAGGCUGCUGCUGCGCAGGGCGCUCCCAUGGUGCCGCGCGGCGGGCGGGUUUGGAUUUUAAAUCCCCGCGGCCAAUCAGUGGCGCGCAGGCUUUUGUAACGUUCCCAGCGCCGCGUUUGAAUUCGGGGAGGAGCGGAGCGGUGCGGAGCUUCUGCUCGGAUCCAGGUCUGCAGAGCAGCUUCGGGAGCAUGAGUGCGGCAGUGACUGCAGGGAAGCUGGCACGGGCACCGGCCGACCCUGGGAAAGCCGGGGUCCCCGGAGUUGCAGCUCCCGGAGCUCCGGCGGCGGCUCCACCAGCGAAAGAGAUCCCAGAGGUCCUAGUGGACCCACGCAGCCGGCGGCGCUAUGUGCGGGGCCGCUUUUUGGGCAAGGGCGGCUUUGCCAAGUGCUUCGAGAUCUCGGACGCGGACACGAAGGAGGUGUUCGCGGGCAAGAUUGUGCCUAAGUCUCUGCUUCUCAAGCCGCACCAGAGGGAGAAGAUGUCCAUGGAAAUAUCCAUUCACCGCAGCCUCGCCCACCAGCACGUCGUAGGAUUCCACGGCUUUUUCGAGGACAACGACUUCGUGUUCGUGGUGUUGGAGCUCUGCCGCCGGAGGUCUCUCCUGGAGCUGCACAAGAGGAGGAAAGCGCUGACUGAGCCUGAGGCCCGAUACUACCUACGGCAAAUUGUGCUUGGCUGCCAGUACCUGCACCGAAACCGAGUUAUUCACCGAGACCUCAAGCUGGGCAACCUUUUCCUGAAUGAAGAUCUGGAGGUGAAAAUAGGGGAUUUUGGACUGGCAACCAAAGUCGAAUAUGACGGGGAGAGGAAGAAGACCCUGUGUGGGACUCCUAAUUACAUAGCUCCCGAGGUGCUGAGCAAGAAAGGGCACAGUUUCGAGGUGGAUGUGUGGUCCAUUGGGUGUAUCAUGUAUACCUUGUUAGUGGGCAAACCACCUUUUGAGACUUCUUGCCUAAAAGAGACCUACCUCCGGAUCAAGAAGAAUGAAUACAGUAUUCCCAAGCACAUCAACCCCGUGGCCGCCUCCCUCAUCCAGAAGAUGCUUCAGACAGAUCCCACUGCCCGCCCAACCAUUAACGAGCUGCUUAACGACGAGUUCUUUACUUCUGGCUAUAUCCCUGCCCGUCUCCCCAUCACCUGCCUGACCAUUCCACCGAGGUUUUCGAUUGCUCCCAGCAGCCUGGACCCCAGCACCCGGAAGCCCCUCACAGUCCUCAAUAAAGGCUUGGAGAACCCCCUGCCUGAGCGUCCCCGGGAAAAAGAAGAACCAGUGGUUCGAGAGACAGGUGAGGUGGUCGACUGCCACCUCACUGACAUGCUGCAGCAGCUGCACAGUGUCAAUGCCUCCAAGCCCUCGGAGCGUGGGCUGGUCAGGCAAGAGGAGGCUGAGGAUCCUGCCUGCAUCCCCAUCUUCUGGGUCAGCAAGUGGGUGGACUAUUCGGACAAGUACGGCCUUGGGUAUCAGCUCUGUGAUAACAGCGUGGGGGUGCUCUUCAAUGACUCAACACGCCUCAUCCUCUACAAUGAUGGUGACAGCCUGCAGUACAUAGAGCGUGACGGCACUGAGUCCUACCUCACCGUGAGUUCCCAUCCCAACUCCUUGAUGAAGAAGAUCACCCUCCUUAAAUAUUUCCGCAAUUACAUGAGCGAGCACUUGCUGAAGGCAGGUGCCAACAUCACGCCGCGCGAAGGUGAUGAGCUCGCCCGGCUGCCCUACCUACGGACCUGGUUCCGCACCCGCAGCGCCAUCAUCCUGCACCUCAGCAACGGCAGCGUGCAGAUCAACUUCUUCCAGGAUCACACCAAGCUCAUCUUGUGCCCACUGAUGGCAGCCGUGACCUACAUCGACGAGAAGCGGGACUUCCGCACAUACCGCCUGAGUCUCCUGGAGGAGUACGGCUGCUGCAAGGAGCUGGCCAGCCGGCUCCGCUACGCCCGCACUAUGGUGGACAAGCUGCUGAGCUCACGCUCGGCCAGCAACCGUCUCAAGGCCUCCUAAUAGCUGCCCUCCCCUCCGGACUGGUGCCCUCCUCACUCCCACCUGCAUCUGGGGCCCAUACUGGUUGGCUCCCGCAGUGCCAUGUCUGCAGUGUGCCCCCCAGCCCCGGUGGCUGGGCAGAGCUGCAUCAUCCUUGCAGGUGGGGGUUGCUGUAUAAGUUAUUUUUGUACAUGUUCGGGUGUGGGUUCUACAGCCUUGUCCCCUCCCCCUCAACCCCACCAUAUGAAUUGUACAGAAUAUUUCUAUUGAAUUCGGAACUGUCCUUUCCUUGGCUUUAUGCACAUUAAACAGAUGUGAAUAUUC